ACGACAUCACCCAUUGUGCCCCAUAGACGACUUCCGCUCCCUCUAGAAGCUCCCGAGAGUUCUUUCACAUGAUAUAGCUCCCGUGAGAGCAUAACUAUCAACACUGCCCGCCAUGGGCCGCUACGACUUCCGCCCUCUUCGCGUCCGCCAAACCGCAAAGGCCCUCUUCGACGCAAAGCGAAACCCAGAACUGCCGCAAUGGUACGAUGUUAUUGGAAAUAUUCCCCCGGGAGAGACACUUGCGAGGCCAGUGCUGCGGGUACCCAAGAUGCGCAAGGCGCGCAAGGCCAGCAAACUAUUCAAACCACUGCCCAUCGCAUAUCCCGAGGACAAGUUGCGCUCAGAAUUCUUCGGUGACCACCCAUGGGAACUGGCACGACCGAGGCUAGUAGUUGAAGACAGCGGCAAUGACUCAAAGAAUUAUGAUUGGAGCAAGAUUGUACAGCCGGGCAAGCAAUUAGAUGGUGAAAGCGUUGUCCAACGCCAAAUGUGGCUAAUGAAGAACGCUUCUCUCUCCAAAGCCUCCGCAUACGACGUUGCCCGCCGUGAAUUCUACAAACACCGCCACCUCUCUGAAAUCCGCUCACGUAUCGCAAAAGAAGAAGCCCUACACGUUGGUGCCUACUUUGGCAAGGGGCCACUUGAAAUUGGAAUGGAGCUCGAGGACCGCCAGUGGGAGAACUGGAAGGCCUGGGCUACCAAGCAGAUUGAGGAUGAGCAGGCUAUGCGCGCACAGAUGUUCAGCGGGCAGCAGGAUGAUGGUGUUGGCACAGACAUGAGCAGCAACGAGUAUGACCAGGCUAUUGAGGAGUUGCAACCGGUUGCGCCAAAUAACCCCCAAGGACAAAGGCCUUUGGGCGGUGUCGCGGCCCAUGCCUAGGCUUGCAUGCAUUGAUAGUGUAAUGUUCUUGUGUACAUGUAUGGCUAUGGUUGACUUGAGCAACCAGCCAAAGACGUUAUGAAUCUCUUCAAGUAUGGAAUUCAAAACAUGAGCCAAAGCAAAG